CCUCCCUCAUGCAAAUGAACCCUGACCCCUGACAGCUGCUCCCUGGGCCUCUUACUCUAAGCCAGCGUCUUCCCUCUCUGAGCUUGGCUGAGACUUAGGGCAGCCUGAUCCCUCUGUUUCUUGCCUUCACGGCCCCAGCAGAGCCCGGCGAGUUAUGAGGGCCCAACACCAGAUGCAAGCAGCGGAUGGGCUUGUUCUCCACUUCCAUCCUCUCUGCACCCAAAGCUGGGCCAGGCCCGUCCGUCCUCCUCUUUGGGUCUCCUGGACCUCCUCCCAACCCCCCAGGAUCAGCUCCCGGGGGCAGCUAGUUGGGGUUUGUCCUAAAGAAGGAUUAUCCAGAUCAGUGCCUUCUAAUCUCAGCUCCUGCCUGUACCUCCCCAUGGUCACCACAACCCUCUCCCCCAUCACCCUGAGCUCGGGAGCACAACUCGGGGUGUUGACAAUGGGCCAUCUCUCCUGCUCGCUCUCUGGCUCCGGGGCUGGUUGCUAGGUAGGCCCUGACGGCCAAGAUCAUCACCAUGGGAUGGGGGGCCAGGCCUGGGGGGGACCCUGGAACGUGGUCGGGCUGCUCCUUUGCACCCUCCCAGACCCAACCCUUAAUCCUCACAGCUUUGCUCUAAUCCCGUGGGGCCUGAUGCUCUGCUCUCUGCCUGGAGAGGGACUGGCCAGGGAAGCACCCCACCCCUCCUCCCUCCAGGGCUUGUUGCGGGUGCCGGGGGGGGGGGGCGGGGGGCACUGUGCCCCGCUGUAGCCCCACACUCCUGCUCCCACCCUCCCCGGGCUGGGCCUAGGUCCCUCUACAAGCCGCACACCUCCCUCCCCAUCCUCUGCUCCCCCCACAACCCGCCAGCUGAUUUCAUUUGCCUGACAGUCGUCAUUGGCCCUACCCUUCGCUGUCUGCACCCCCCGCACCCCCCCCCAGGCGGGGCCAGGCCAGGCCAGCUCCUCUGGCAGCAGAGCUGGGGCAGGUGACGGGCGGGUGUCGCGGCUGAGGGAGCCAGGAGGCGCCUGGGGACCAGAGCUGGAAGCCUAAAGUCAGAGCCCAAGAGACUAAGGAGCCACCCCUCAAGCCGUCCACGAUGGGGGAGAUGGAGCAGUUGCGGCAGGAAGCGGAGCAGCUCAAGAAGCAGAUUGCAGAUGCCAGGAAAGCCUGUGCCGACACUACCCUGGGAGAGCUGGUGUCUGGCCUUGAAGUCGUGGGACGCGUGCAGAUGCGGACACGGCGGACCUUAAGGGGACACCUGGCCAAGAUCUACGCCAUGCACUGGGCCACCGACUCUAAGCUGUUGGUAAGCGCCUCGCAAGAUGGGAAGCUGAUCGUGUGGGACACAUACACCACCAACAAGGUCCACGCCAUCCCACUGCGCUCCUCCUGGGUCAUGACCUGUGCCUACGCCCCAUCAGGGAACUUCGUGGCCUGUGGGGGGCUGGACAACAUGUGUUCCAUCUACAGUCUCAAAUCCCGGGAGGGCAACGUCAAGGUCAGCCGGGAGCUGUCAGCUCACACAGGUUAUCUCUCCUGCUGCCGUUUCCUGGACGACAACAACAUCGUGACCAGCUCCGGGGACACCACGUGUGCCCUGUGGGACAUCGAGACUGGGCAGCAGAAGACUGUGUUUGUGGGGCACACGGGGGACUGCAUGAGCCUGGCUGUGUCCCCUGACUUCAGACUCUUCAUCUCCGGGGCCUGCGAUGCCAGCGCCAAGCUCUGGGACGUGCGGGAGGGGACCUGCCGGCAGACUUUCACCGGCCACGAGUCGGACAUCAACGCCAUCUGCUUCUUCCCCAACGGAGAGGCCAUUUGCACGGGCUCAGACGACGCCUCCUGCCGCCUGUUUGACCUGCGGGCCGACCAGGAGCUGACCACCUAUGCCCAUGAGAGCAUCAUCUGCGGCAUCACGUCUGUGGCCUUCUCGCUCAGCGGUCGCCUGCUCUUCGCAGGCUACGACGACUUCAACUGCAAUGUGUGGGACUCCAUGAAGUGCGAGCGCGUGGGCAUCCUCUCCGGCCAUGACAACAGGGUCAGCUGCCUGGGGGUCACAGCUGAUGGGAUGGCUGUGGCCACCGGUUCCUGGGACAGCUUCCUCAAAAUCUGGAACUGAGGAGGCUGGACGAGGGGAUGUAAAAGGCCAUGAAGACACUCACUCAGCUGCCCCUCCCCUGCCCAGUUUCUUAAGGUUUCUUCGAGCUUUUCUCUUCUACACCCCAGCUUUCCCCCUUUGAGGGCAGUGGGGAGGAUGGGGAGCGUGCCUUUGGGAGGCAGCAUCAGGGACUCAUCAGGGGUGGGGGAACUGCCCCAUCUCCUCCCAGGCCUCCCCGCUCCAUGGUCCUGACAGCUUCUCCCUUUGUGAGCAAGGACAAUGGACCCCCACCCCUCCCUAACCCUAACCUUGGCAGGCCUAGCAGGCUUCUUGUCUGAGGCCGCAAGCCCUAGGAUUCCUCCCCCAGAGCUACCACCUUUGUCUAGACCUGGUUGGCACAGGGUGCUCGGCCCCGUGACUGUGGCUCUGACACAACUAGGGUCCUGGCCCCCUUCUCCUUCAUGCUUUCUCCUUUGUCUACCUUCUUGCCUCUCCUCAAGCACCUGCAAUAAAGUGUAGCGCCUUGUAUGU